UGGAGCACUCUGGACUUGACUGUCCCUCCAGUGGACUUAGGGACAGAGCACAAGGAUGCUUAGGAAAGGCCACUGCAAGCCUGGGUCCUGGGGCAGCUUCUGGGCCAUCCUGGCCUUGGUGGGACUGGCCACUCGUGCAGCUCAGAGAGCCGAUGUGGGUGGGGAGGCAGCAGGCACCUCUAUCAACCACUCCCAGCUGCUGCUCCAGCGACUGCAGGAUCUGCUGCGGCAGGGCAAUGCCAGUGAUGUCGUCCUGCGGGUACAGGCCGUGGGCACCGACGAGGUCCGAGCCUUCUACACCCACCGCUUGCUGCUGGGGCUGCACAGCGAGCUGUUUCGGGAGCUGCUGAGCAACCAGAGCGAGGUGGUGCUGCAGGAACCCCGGGACUGUGCUGCUGUCUUUGACAAAUUUAUCAGGUAUUUGUACUGUGGUGAGCUAACUGUCCUGUUGGCCCAGGCUAUCCCGCUGCAUAGGCUGGCCACCAAGUACCGAGUAGCAUCCCUGCAGCGAGGCGUAGCCGACUACAUGCGUGCUCACCUGGCAGGAGGCGUGGGUCCAGCUGUGGGCUGGUACCACUAUGCAGUGAGCACUGGGGACGAGGCACUGCGAGAAAGUUGCUUGCAGUUUUUGGCUUGGAACCUUUCUGCCGUGGCGGGGAGUGCGGAGUGGGGCGCCGUGAGCCCCGAGUUGCUGGCACAGCUCCUGCAGCGCUCAGACCUGGUACUGCAGGACGAGCUGGAGCUGUUCCACGCUCUGGAGGCGUGGCUAGGUCGCGCGCGGCCGCCCCCUCCCGUCGCUGAGCAAGCGCUGCGCUCUAUCCGCUACCCUAUGAUCCCGCCUGCACAGCUGUUCCAGCUGCAGGCGCGCUCGGCCGCACUGGCACGCCACGGCCCUGCGGUGGCAGACCUCCUGCUGCAGGCUUACCAGUUCCACGCCGCCUCGCCGUUGCACUACGCCAAGUUCUUCCACGUGAACGGCAGCGCCUUCCUGCCACGCAACUACCUCGCGCCCGCCUGGGGCGCCCCCUGGGUCAUCAACAACCCGGCACGUGACGAUCGCAGUACCAGCUUCCAGACGCAGCUGGGUCCAAGCGGCCACGAUGCGGGUCGCCGGAUCACCUGGAAUGUGCUCUUUUCCCCGCGCUGGCUGCCUGUCAGCCUGCGGCCGGUCUACGCGGACGCCCCGGGCACCGCUCUGCCCGCCGCUCGGCCCGAGGACGGAAGGCCGAGACUGGUGGUCACGCCAGCUAGCAGCGGUGGCGACGCAGCGGGAGUGAGCUUCCAGAAGACCGUGCUGGUGGGUGCGCGCCAUCAGGGACGGCUCCUGGUCCGGCAUGCCUACAGCUUCCAUCAGAGCAGCGAGGAGGCUGGCGACUUCCUGGCCCACGCAGACCUGCAGAGGCGCAACUCGGAGUACCUGGUGGAGAAUGCUCUGCACCUCCAUCUCAUUGUCAAGCCGGUGUACCACACCCUCAUCCGGACUCCCAGUUAGCCUUUAGACUGAGAAAUAAGGCCUGGCCUGGAUAACGCACUAGGGUCUGGGGAGGGGUA